GUAGAGCUUUGUCAGUGCUCUCAGCGCUGGGGUAUAUGACGCUGGCGGGCUUGCGUCCAAUGUCCUCCUCUUCCACCACGCUCUUUGCGCCGCCUAGCGCACCUUGUUCCUCGAGCACGUCAACCGCGAACCCGUUAUGUCCAAUGCACCAAACGGUAUUAACGCCCCAAAACUGGGUCAGAACGUCGCGCAGCCCAAUGGCAUUCCGCCUCCGCCCUUUCAGCUUCGGGUCCCCGACACGCACGACGUCGUUACGGACAAUAUUCUCAAGUUGAAUACCCUGAUUGACAACCCUCGCCACAAGUUUCUCAUGGACAAGCUCGUCGAGCAUUUACAUGCCUUUGCUAGGGAGACGAGCCUGACCACCGCCGAAUGGCAAUCCACCAUCAAGUUCCUCACCCGCACCGGGCAGACCUGCACGCCGCUCCGGCAGGAGUUUAUCCUCCUAUCGGAUGUGCUGGGGCUGUCGGCGUUGGUGGAUAAUCUGAAUCAUCCAUCGGGCAGUCAGGAUUGUCUACCGGACGGAAAGCUGAGGGCGACGGACCAUACGGUGCUGGGACCUUUCUUUACGGAGGACGCGGCGGAUGUUCUCCUUGGAGAGUCUAUUGCUUCGGAGGGCAAGGGCGAAUACCUCUUCGUCGAAGGCCGCGUUCUGGAUACGGGCGGUCAUCCUGUUUCUGGCGCGGUCAUAGAGACGUGGGAGACGGACGAGAAUGGCUUCUACGACACUCAAUACGCCGACCGCGAGCACCCCGACUGUCGUGGUCGCCUGCGCUCUGACGCCGAGGGACGCUACAGCUUCCGCGCCGUCGUUCCCGUGCCGUACCCCAUCCCCGGAGAUGGCCCAGUGGGUGAAUUAUUGUUGGCUCUGAAUCGGCAUAAUAUGCGCCCCGCACACAUCCACUUCAUGGUCACGGCGCCGAAGAUGGAGACGCUGGUCACCGCCAUCUACCCCGAGGGCGACACAUACCUGACAAACGACGCGGUGUUUGGAGUGAAAAGGUCGCUUGUUGUGCACUUCGACGACAUCACCGAUCCUUGUGAGGCCAAGAAGCGCGGCAUCCCGGAUGGAAAGCCCUCUAAGUUGCUGCAAUUCGAUAUCGUGCUCAAGGAGGAUGAAACCGUUCAGCCAAAAUCGCACUUGUGAGGGCAAAGCACCAACGUCGCCUCAGCUGCGGGUGUCCUCCAAGAGCCCGAAGCGACUUGACCAGAAGGCAUGCACACCUCUCAAACGAAGGGAUCACGAAUUCGAUUGGGACCGAAAAGAAUGUACAGUAGCUCUAUAUACGAAACCAUGCUAGGAAACGAGUGUACAAAGUCAUAUACAAGUGAGCGUCUUGCCGCGAUAAAUAGGAUAUAACGUACGGCUGUAGAUGAAGUCGGAAUAGAUACCUGCUCUCACGCAUUGCUCGUAACAUCGCCCCACACCGAUCACCCUGCCUCCCACCAACAUAUUGUCACA